AUGUCUGGCAGUCUACUCUCCCUGCUUUCGCGUUCGAAUGCGCGCGUCUGCUUCACUCGGCGAACGCCUCUCAGCGCAAGACACUUGUCGACUCUCCCGAACACACAUAUCUUCCGCGCACUCCAGGGCCAUGACCCUGAAAGUCUGGCUGUUGUGCAUAGCGCCUCUUCCCGGUCAUUUACCUAUGGUAGUCUAAUUACCGACAUCGUCCGCGCCAAGGACGACCUGGAACAAAAGGCCGCGAAGGCGCAGGGCCAAUUGGUUGGCGAGCGGGUUGCCUUCCUCGCGGAGAACAGCUAUGACUACGUAGUGACGCUGCUGGCGAUCUUUGCUAGUAAUGCCAUUGCGCUUCCGCUCUCGCCGUCUUUCCCCACCAGCGAGCUGAAGUAUAUCCUAGAUAACUCACAGGCUAGGAUGCUGUUGACAACUGAAAAGUAUGCUGAUAAAGGCAUGGAACUCUUGCGGGGGGGAUUAGAGCGUGAGCCUCUGUUUGCUAUUCGCAAUAAGCUCAUAGAAGGUGCAUCGAGCCACGAGGACGUAACCUUGCAUGAUCUAAAGCAGCCUUCGUCCAGUGGGAUGAUGUUGUAUACAUCUGGGACAACGAAUCGACCGAAAGGUGCUCUCAUCCCCCAAUCGGCACUGGCCGCGCAAGCAUCUUCGCUACUAGAAGCAUGGAAGUACACACCGGAUGACCGACUUCUUCAUUUGCUACCACUCCAUCACAUCCACGGGGUGGUAAACGCAAUUCUGACACCACUGGUAGCAGGCUCUUCAAUCGAGUUCAUGUACCCUUUUAACCCGGACACGGUCUGGAAACGACUAGCAGCACCUUUCCUCCCAUCCGAUGCUUCAAAAUCACCCAUCACAUUCCUCACUGCCGUCCCAACUAUCUACAACCGGCUCAUGACCACCUUCCCCAGACUGACCCCAGAGCUCCAAAAAGCCGCAAAAGAAGGAAUAUCCCCACAAAACCUCCGCUUGAACAUUUCCGGUUCUGCCGCUCUCCCAACACCAACAAAAACCGCCUGGACAAAUCUUAGCAACGGCAAUGUCCUUUUGGAACGCUUUGGCAUGACCGAGGUCGGCAUGGCGAUUAGCUGUGGCCUCGAUGCCGCAGACCGCGUCGACGGGAGUGUCGGCUGGCCACUCCCGGGCGUCGAAGCCCGACUCACCGAUCUCGAGACGGGUGCCGUCAUUCCAAUUGAAGAAAAGAGUACCAGUGGCCGGGAACGCGAAGGCGAGAUCCAGCUCCGCGGCGAAACAAUCUUCGACCAUUACUGGGGAAACGAGAAAGCCACGCAGGAGAGUUUCGUGCAGAGUGACGAUGGAGGCAAACCGUGGUUCUGCACAGGCGAUGUAGCUAUCCGUCGGGAAGUUGAGGGAGCUGGCAGUGGAGCGAGCGGCGAUUGGGCUCGGGGACCGAUGUAUUUCAUCCAGGGGCGGAAGAGUGUCGAUAUCAUCAAGACCGGGGCCGAGAAGGUUAGCGCGUUGGAGGUUGAAAGGGAGUUACUUUCUCUUCCCCAAGUCAUCGAAGCUGCUGUCGUUGGUCUCCCGUCUGAACAGUGGGGUCAGAAGAUCGCUGCUGUGCUUGUUCUUGCUCCCGAUGCGGCUGCUUCAGGUCGUAAUGGUCAAUCUUGGGGUCCGAUGGAUAUGCGGCGCGCGUUGAAGGGUUCUCUUGCUUCCUUCAAGAUUCCACAGGAAAUGAAAGUUUUGGAGGCUAUUCCGAGGAACGCGAUGGGGAAGGUCAAUAAGAAGGCACUUGUGAGAGAAGUCUUUGGUGUUUGA